UAGUGAUUAUUAAUUUGCUAAUAAGAAGUAUUAACUGCGAUCAGUUGAUUUUGUCCGAGACCUUUAGACUACGCACGACGUGUGUCAUACUUAUGCGUAUUGCAUAUAGGUAGUAUGCAACGAGAAUGGAGAACUAGCGUCAUUUGCGUGGGUGUGACUGCGUGGUUGAAGAUUCACGGACGGCCUCAUGGAUCGCAGAUGAUCCAGCUCAAUCGUCGUAACAUGUGCACGCGUAAAUGGUAUUGCCUCGAAACGCUUGUCCUGUUCUUGGCGAACCAUGACGAUUCGAAAGGUGUGAAUACGCGACAAAUAAACGCGCGUUGAAGAUCGAUGGUGUACGUACACCGUAAUUCCAGCCAUCGAACGUAUUCACAUCGAUGUUGAUCUCGAGAAUCGAUCAAUAAAAAAAAGUCGCGUCUCAGUGAUUUCGAUGAAACGUUCAGGGUAUCAUUAAAACGUAAUUAUUAAAUCCGUAAUUGGUAACUCGAAGUAAUUCACGACCUUAAAUGAAAGUAAAACACGAUUUUUAGAUUCCAAAUUGAACAAAGUCAAACUGUGAAAACAUAUACCUAUAAAUAUAUACAUGAAUCUAGUGUACAAAGUGUUAAAUAAAAAAAAAGUUUUCAUUUAGUGUGUUAUAUGAAGCGUCUCUCCGAGUUAACAUCUACUACCUGGAGGUUCGCGGUCUCGAAUCGGUUGAUCGAGUGCCAACAUCGAGAAUGACGUCAGCGUCGCGGCUCACUUCCGGUCCUUCGCGCCGGUAAAACGAAAUUCUAACCGAAAACGAACGAUCUCGAAACUUUUCAACGAAUUCUCCGAUAUUCCGAAGUUAUUUCUUGCAAAUUUGGCAUUGCGAUGUGUUACAAGACAGUAUCAUAGAGAUUGAGUGUAACGGAACGUGUAUAAUGACAAAGCAUUCUUUCAAACGUAUAGUGUAAUUGGUGCAGAAGCUCGUUGCUCUCUUCAACCGUUAUAAUCAAAUAAUUGCUGUCGAAGAUGGUACGCGUUGCACGCUUGUCUCACGCGAAAGAAGAAGCGACAAAGAUGAGGGAUGCGAUUCCACAGAAAGGAAAUAAUAAUAAUAAUAAUAAUAACAAUAGCAGCAACAAUAACAACAACAAUAACGUAACCACGUUAAAAAGUAAACCUUCUUUGGAAAUUUAUCGACCUCCAGGAGGAAGAACGGAAGGUACCACGGCAAACAUAACUAAUCCACGAUUAAACGUACAUGCCAAGGAGUUCACUAUGAAGCAGAACGAUUCGCAUCCUUCUAAGUCUCGGACGAAUGCUUCAGAGCGGUCCCCGUAUUAUUUGCAACACAGUAAGUCGAGUGGCAACGUACAUCGGUAUCUUUAUGCCCAGCAGCAACAACAGAUACAAAAUACCCUUCAGCAACAACAUCAAAUGUCUCGUCACUCUCACAAUCAAAGUGGUCACCAUUCGACAGGAUCUGCAUUACGACAAUCACAUCCGCUCGAUACUUCAGCGUCAAGUGGAAAUAUAUUACAUUGCUCCGGUAGAGUUCACUUCAAUAUGGACCAAAACGACGUCAAAGCAAACGCGGUGAAACCUGCUAGGCUCACAAAGUCGUUAUCCUUUGUCUCCACUUAUGGAUUGAAGCGAUCGAAAAGCUUGAACGCAGCCGACGUGAUGGCUCCGAAGACAGUAAAUAUUUCAGAUGCUUCUGAAUUGGGCAAAUUUCCAGCUGUGAUUGAAGACACGCUUUCGAGAGCUAUAGAAGAUCCGAACCUAUUAAAUGCUCGAGCCUUAAUGGAACUCGUGCGACACAUUUUGGAGAGGGUCGUCGAGAAUAGAAAGUAUGCUGAGCCAGCAGCGAAAAUUUGCAUCACUAUUAUAGAGAAAGAAACAAAAGAAACUUUCUUGGAAUCUUUAUUAAACAUCUGUCAACAAUGGUAUCAAGAUCGAGUCAUGAAGCUCUACGAUGGAUCCAACUAUCGUUACUCCGCCUUCAUGACGUUCAUGAACGAAAUGUAUUGUCAGUUAAAACGGAGACAACUUCAGUUGAAGACACAACAGGAGGGCGUUCCUCCUGGACGUGUUCUUCUCACGCUGCUUUGGAAGUGUUGCCAAGAUUGCUUACAGCCUCCGAUUGUAAAUUCUUUGACUGAUCCUGACUCCCUGUUCUUCAUCUUAACCUGCAUUGGCAAAGACCUGGACACUGAAUUACCAGCCCAGUUACAACAAUUGCUUAAAACCUUAAGAGACGCUUUCCUCGGGGGAGGAAGGAUACUACCUUCAGUCCGGAAAACUCUUUUACAAUUGAUUGAACUUCACGCGGCGCAUUGGCAACUCCCAGCACCAGCAGUCGUUUAUUAUUAUCCUGGAUCGACUUCGAAAUGAUAUUUCCACUGUCUGGAUCUUUCUGUCAAUUCGUCGGCUUUUUGUCUGGAUACGCGUAGAUUUGUAACAUGCGUAUGAGCUCGUUGACAAAAUUAUUUGAACACACGCAAACUACAUCGACCGUGCGAAAACGAUUGCUGUCUGUGAGAGAAAGAGAAUGCAGGGAGUAGAGAAGGCAGUGUGGAUUUUAAACGUUUGACUAUCAUGAUUUGACAUUAAUUUCUAUUGGAAAUGCUAUAGAUUUUGAAUGUUGAUUGUAUGUCUUUUUUUUUUUUUCUUUUUUUUUAACAGUUAUAUCGCUUAAAAUAAUUAGAGGAUCUUAACGAUUAACACGGAAGAAUAUUGAAGUGCUACAAUAUUAUUUAAUAUUGUAGAUUCCUUUUCGAUACCUAGCUUGUAUAGUAACUCAUGCAACGUUAAACAAUCCUCUAAUAAUUUUAAGUACCUCUAAUCAACCAUUUGUGUUGGAACAACGCAUUAUGCACAUUGAUACUUAAUUUCAAAUGCGAAAAGCAUACGCGUAGCAUUUUAUUUGAUCUACUUGUAUUCUAAAAUUGGAAAUCAUAGCGGAAAUCAUAGGAAUACCAAUCGAUUAUAUUUUAUAUCAUGUACAUCUCGGGCAUUGGCUGUUCGCAUUCGAACAUUUUGUACAACUCGCAGUGAUUUACGAAAGAACGAUCUUAGGUAUUAACUCGGAUACUGU